UUUUUGUGGGGUUGGGAUAUAUUGGGGUCACCUGUAGGUCUCCGUUGGGGUCCCAAGGGGGUCAGCUGUGGGUCUGGGGGUGCUGUGGAGGGAUACGGAUGGUUGUGAGGGGUCUGUGUGGGGUGUCAGUGGGUCUGGAAUGUCUCAAAGUGUAACUCUGUGGGAUGGUGUUGAGUCUUGGAGGGAUUGGGGGGUUACCCGUGUGUCUGGGGGGGGUCUUGGGGGGAUGCCUGUAAGUUUGGCAAGGUUGUGUGAUGUGCAGGGGGCAAUAGGGGGCUUGAAGGGGGCUCUAUGGGAUGCCUGUGGGUCUCAGAGGGGAGCUGUAGGUGUGUGUGUGGGGGGGUGUGCGUUGGUCUGGGGCAUCUCAAGAGAGGGAAUCCAGCAUUGGAUCUUGGGGGGACCUAGGGGGCAUGUGUACGUCUGGGGGAUGGGGAUCAAGGGACUCUGGAGGGGCUCUGUGGGACACCAUUGGGUCUGGGGGUGCUCUGGAGGGAUAUGGAUGGCUGUCCAUCCAUCUGGAGGGGUCUGUGUGGGCUCUCAGUGGGUCUGGGACAUCUCUAAGUGGGGUCUGGUGUAGCUCUGUGGAAUGGUGUUGAGUCUUGGAGGGAUUGUGGGGUUGCCUGUGUGUCUAGGAGGGGCCUUGGGGGGCGCCUGUAGGUUUGGCAAGGCUGUGUGGUAUGCAGGGGGCAAUGGAGGGUCUUUAAGGGGGCUUUGUGGGGUGCCUGUGGGUCUCAGAGGGCUCAAGGAGGGGAGAUGUAUGUUUGUGUCGGGGGGGGUGUAUACAUUACUCUGGAGCAUCUCAAGAGAAGGAAUCAACCAUUGGAUCUUGGGGGUCCUAUGUGUGUGUGGGGGAGGGGGAUCAAAGGACUCUGGAGUGUGGGACACCUGUGAGUGUGGGGGCAGGCGAGGGAGACAUUUGGGGCUCUCAAGAUCUCUAAGGGGGUUCAAAAGGUUUUGGGGGGGCUCUGGGAUGGCACAAGAGAGUCUGGAGGGAACUCUAAGGGGUCUCUGUGGCAACUCGGGGCUCUAGAGGGGCAUUUGUGGAUUUGGGGCAUCUACAGGAGGAAGUUCAAGGUAGCUCUAGGGAGCAUCAUUGGAUCUGCAGGGCCUGAAGGAGGGCUGAGGGCAUGUUUGGGGUGCUGAGGGGUCUCUGUGGGCUCAGGGAGCUCUUGGGGGCACCUGUAGGUUUACACUGGGGUGCUCUGGAAGGAUGUUUGGGGCUGUGCGAGGUCUCUAAGGGGAUUUGAGUGUCUUUCAUCGGGACCUGUGGGUCUGGGGAUGGCACUUUGGGCUCUGAGGCAGUUUCUUGAGGGGGUGUCGGGGUUGUAGGGUUUGGAGAGGGGGCACUGGGCUAGGGGGUCGUUUGUAGUGGGGAAACAUUUGGGGCUGUGGGAACUUUGAGUGGGGGUGCUGUGGGUGUGGGAAUUGAGAGAGAUAAUAGGGUAAACGUGGAUUUUGGAGAAGCUGUAAAGAUUUUGGGGGGACAGCUAGGGUGUAAUGAGGGAAAGGGAAGCAGGGACUGUGUAUGAUAUGGGGGGGGGUCCCAUAUCCCUCCAGAUGCCCCGGCACUGCUCCGCCGCCGGCUGCUGCACCCGCGACACACGGGAGACCCGCAGCCGAGGGAUCUCCUUCCACAGGCUGCCCAAAAAGGACAACCCCCGUCGGGCUCUGUGGUUGGAGAACAGCCGACGACGGGAUGCGAGCGGGGAGGGCCGCUGGGACCCAGCCUCCAAGUACAUCUACUUCUGCUCACAGCACUUUGAGAAAAGCUGCUUUGAGAUCGUCGGCUUCAGCGGCUACCACCGCCUGAAGGAAGGUGCUGUCCCCACCGUCUUUGAAUCCACCUCCCCCAGGCCCCCCCGGACCACAAAGCCCAGACCCCCCCCACCCGAUGCUGAUACCCCAAAGCCCCCCCGGGGAGUCACCAGGAAGUGGAGACGGGAUCCCCCCACAUCCUCCCCAGAUCCCCCCUUCUCCACCGACGUCUCCUGCUUCCCCCGUGAAGGCGAAGACCCUGCUGGUGUCCCAGCACUCCCUGGUCCCUCGGGCGCCCGCGGUCAUCUCCCAGAUACUCUUUUGGUGACAACAGAGGACGAAGAAACCAUCACCCUCCCUGAAGAGGACCCCCCUGGACCCUCCCGCCCCGUUUCUCCUUCUCUCUACAUGCUGCGCUUGCCGCCACCAGCUGGCGCCUACAUCCAGAGUGAGCACAGCUACCAGGUGGGCAGUGCCCUGCUCUGGAAACGCCGUGCCGAAGCUGCCCUGGAUGCCCUGGAUAAAGCCCAGAGGCAGCUCCAGGCCUGCAAACGUCGGGAGCAGAGGCUGAGGCUGAGGGUGGGUGAGCUCCAACGGGAGCGCCGGGCCCUACCCGAGUGCCGCAGGACCCCCAAGGAGCCACAACUGCUCAGUGGUGGACAGUGAGGGUGUAAAUAGAGAAAACACUUUUGCCUUUUUUUUUGUUUGUUUUUAUGGAAAAAAAUCAAGGGGACAGCUCGCAUCUGGAGGCAAGGAUUAAGGAUGGCGUUCCCCGGUUGGAUUUGCUCACCAGGAAACUGUUAUAGGGAGAAGUCGACCAAAUUGGUGAGCUAAUUUAUGAGUGUGUCAACCUGUGUUUGUGGGGAGCUUGGAGCUGACUGAGGUGCUUGAACUAACAGAAAAUUGGGUGGAGGGAAAUAAAUCAGUUCUGUGCUGUA